GCGGCGCGCGCCGGGUACGCGACCAUGGCGUUCGCCCGGCAGGAGCGACUACUUUAACCCCGGAAGGCGGCGGCGAGGGAGCUGUCCUCGAGCGGGCGGGCCCCAGCCUGAGGGAAAGGAGGAAAGGGCGGGGAGAGCGCCGGAGGGAGGCCGGUCGGCCGCGGGCGGGCGGGCAGCGCAGCGCCGAGCGGGGCCCGCGGGUCCAUGAGGAGGCCCCGGGACCAUGGGCUCCAGGAUCAAGCAGAACCCAGAGACUACAUUUGAAGUGUAUGUGGAAGUGGCCUAUCCUAGGACAGGUGGCACUCUUUCAGAUCCUGAGGUGCAGAGGCAAUUCCCGGAGGACUACAGUGACCAGGAAGUUCUACAGACUUUGACCAAGUUUUGUUUCCCCUUCUAUGUGGACAGCCUCACAGUUAGCCAAGUUGGCCAGCACUUCACAUUCGUGCUCACUGACAUUGACAGCAAACAGAGAUUUGGGUUCUGCCGCUUAUCUUCAGGGGCCAAGAGCUGCUUCUGUAUCUUAAGCUACCUCCCCUGGUUCGAGGUGUUUUAUAAGCUUCUUAACAUCUUGGCAGAUUACACGACAAAACAACAGGAAAGUCAGUGGAAUGAACUUCUUGAAACACUGCACCGACUUCCCAUCCCUGACCCCGGAGUGUCUGUUCAUCUCAGCGUGCAUUCUUACUUCACUGUGCCUGAUACCAGAGAGCUUCCCAGCAUACCUGAGAAUAGAAAUCUGACAGAAUAUUUUGUGGCUGUGGAUGUGAACAACAUGUUGCAUCUGUACGCCAGCAUGCUGUAUGAGCGCCGGAUCCUCCUCAUCUGCAGCAAGCUCAGCACUUUGACUGCCUGCAUCCACGGCUCGGCUGCCAUGCUCUACCCCAUGUACUGGCAGCAUGUGUACAUUCCUGUGCUGCCCCCGCACUUGCUGGACUACUGCUGUGCUCCCAUGCCCUACCUCAUAGGAGUCCAUUUCAGUCUAAUGGAGAAGGUCAGAAACAUGGCCCUAGAUGAUGUUGUGAUCUUGAACGUGGACACCAACACCCUGGAAACCCCUUUUGAUGACCUCCAGAGCCUCCCAAAUGAUGUGAUCUCCUCCCUGAAGAACAGGCUGAAGAAGGUCUCUACAACCACAGGCGAUGGUGUGGCCAGAGCCUUUCUAAAGGCCCAGGCUGCUUUCUUUGGCAGCUAUCGGAAUGCACUGAGAAUUGAGCCGGAAGAACCCAUCACCUUCAGUGAGGAAGCCUUCGUGUCCCACUACCGCUCUGGAGCCAUGAGGCAGUUCCUUCAGAAUGCCACACAGUUGCAGCUCUUCAAACAGUUUAUUGAUGGCCGGCUAGACCUUCUCAAUUCCGGCGAAGGUUUCAGCGAUGUCUUUGAGGAGGAGAUCAACAUGGGCGAGUAUGCCGGCAGUGAUAAGCUGUAUCAUCAGUGGCUGUCCACAGUCCGGAAAGGAAGUGGAGCAAUUCUGAAUACUGUAAAAACAAAAGCUAACCCAGCCAUGAAGACUGUCUACAAGUUUGCAAAAGAUCAUGCAAAAAUGGGAAUAAAAGAGGUGAAAAACCGCUUGAAGCAAAAGGACAUCGCUGAGAAUGGCUGUGCCUCCUCUGCAGAAGAGCCACUGCCAAAGACCGUGCCAUCCCCACUGGCAGAGGCCAAGGACCCCAGACUUCGAGAAGACCGGAGACCAAUCACAGUCCACUUUGGGCAGCUACAAAGACUCCAUCCCACUCGGCUGCCGCCUCCCAAGAUCCAACGUUCAAGGCCCGUACGACCGCCUCGUCCGCAUGUUGUCAAGAGACCGAAGAGCAACAUCACUGUGGAAGGCCGGAGGACAUCUGUCUCAAGCCCUGAGCACCUGGUAAAGCCCUUCCGACACUAUGCUGUCUUUCUCUCUGAAGACUCCUCUGAUGAGGAAUGCCGACGGGAAGAGGCCACGAGCACCGGCUUCACUGAAAGCUUUUUCUUCUCUGCUCCCUUUGAAUGGCCACAGCCAUACCGGACGUUGAAAGAAUCAGACAGCGCAGAAGGCGACGAGAAUGAGAGUCCAGAGCAGUUAGUGCGGGAGCCCUGGGGACCUGUCCCUGCCCCACCUGACCGAGCUGCCAGUAUUGACCUUCUAGAAGAUGUCUUCAGCAGCCUAGACAUGGAGGCACCACUGCAGCCACUGGGCCAAGCCAAGAGCUUGGAGGACCUCCGGGCCCCCAAAGACUUUCGGGAACAGCCAGGGAGCUUCGACUACCAGAGGCUGGACCUGUGCAGAAGCGAGAGGGGCCUUAGCAUGGCUGCAGCUUUGAAGCUUGCUCAUCCAUACACUAAGCUCUGGAGUCUGGGUCAGGACGACAUGGCCAUCCCCAGCAAGCCUUCCACCACCUCCCCUGAGAAGCCCUCAGCUCUGUUUGGUACUUCCCCAGCCCUGCCUCACAAACCCCAGAACCAGGAUGGCAUCCUGAGCCCCAGCAUCAAGGAGGAAGCUCCCACCCAAACUCCAGGCAGUAUCACCAUUCCCCGGCCACAAGGCAGGAAGACUCCUGAGCUGGGCAUCGUACCUCCACCACCCACUGCCCGCACAGCCAAGCUGCAGGCUGCUGGCGGCCCACUUGGUGACUUCUCUUCCGAGCAGCUUCAGACAGACUGGCAAAGACAAGCUGCCCUGAGCCCAGCCCUACUGCCAGGGCUGCUCCCCAGUGCUGUCCCUCAAGGCCCCACAGAACUUCUGCAGCCACUCAGCCCAGCCCCGGGAGCUGCAGGCACAGGCAGUGAUGCCCUGCUUGCCCUCCUGGACCCACUUAACACAGCCUGGUCGGGUAGCACCAUCCCACCACAUCCUGCCACUCCCAGUGUGGCUGCCCCAUUCACCGCCCAGCUCAGCCUCCCCCGCACAGCGACACCCACCCCUUUUGCACAACCACCCCUCAAUCCCUUUGUCCCAUCUGUGCCAGUAGCACUGCCUACCACGCCCCUGGGCUCCACACCAGCCAGACCUUUUGGGACCCCUCCAGCGUCCCUGAGGCCGGCAUAUGCACCUAGCAUCCUAUUGUCUGGUUCUGGCUUCUAUGCCCCUCACAGGUCUCAGCCCAACCUGUCUGCCCUCUCCAUGCCCAACCUCUUUGGCCAGAUCCCCAUGGGUGCCCACACUAGUCCCCUGCAGCCACUUGGCCCCCCAGCUGUUGCCCCCUCCAGGAUCCGAACAUUGCCUCUGGCCCGCUCAAGUGCUAGGGCUGCUGAGGCCAAGCAGGGGCUGGCCCUGAGGCCUGGUGAACCCCCACUGCUGCCUCCUAGAGCUCCCCAGGGUCUAGAGCCAGCCCUGCAGCCCUCUGCUCCUGCACAGGCCAGAGACCCCUUUGAGGAUUUGCUACGAAAAACCAAGCAAGAUGUGAGCCCGAGCUCAGCCCCAGCCCCCACCUCUGUGGAGCAGCUCCGCAGGCAGUGGGAGACCUUCGAGUGAGCAGGCCUGUGCCACCAUCCAGUACUGUGCCUCCCUAUGUCCCAUUUCUGACCAGGUUCCACUGGGGCAAAGGGACUCUGUGCCCCCUCUCCUCCACAGCCCAUCUCUGAGGUCUGGUCCUGGGAAUGGUACCAUCCCAAGAGAGCCGCCUGCCACUCUCCUUGACACCCUGUAUAAGGUUUGCACUAGAGGUCACCUGGGCCACCCGUGUCCCACCGCCGUCCCUCCAGUAGCCCAAGAGGAGCCAGGAAGCUCAAGGCCUCUCUCAAGCCCAGCUCUCCUCCUCUGCCAGGCCGUGCCCCACAGGGCCCAUGUUAGUAACACCCAUGCGAGCACAGCGUUGGGGAACACAGGUGUUUGGGGGGGCUGAAGUGACCACUCCUGGGCUGGCAUUUCUCUUUGAUGGGUGUCUCCAAACUUGUCUAGCAAUAUACUCUUUCCUAACCACCAAACCUGAGUUGUUCCUGGGGUGAGGGUCUGGGGAC